AGAUCGGCUUUGGGCAGCGUUCCAAACACUCCAAUCAUCACACGCAUGUCUCCCAGAGAUAGUCCCGAGAAAAAUAUUUCCACAAAUAACGUAUUACCUCCACCACCUCAAUCUUCGGGAUCAGAAUCUUCAGGUUACUUCACCCCUCCUCCCGAAACCAAAAAAGCAUUCGUAAAAAUAGAUAGUGUGGAAAGAACUUCAGAAUCAGAAGACAAAGAAGACUUGGAGAACGAUACAAAUAAUAAUGAACAAGUAAAUAUAGAGGAAGUAGAUAACUCAACUGAGUCUUUUAAGAGAAACUUGUCGGCGAGUUCCGCCGAGACAGCAGAUCCUACUGAAGAACCAGUUCAUUUAUCUCCUAUAAAAACUGAAAUAAUAGAAAAGGAACAAAUUCAAAGAUUCAGCAUAUCCCGUUCCAAAGAAUCCCUCUUCACCGAAAAACCUAUAAGCGAAUAUCGAAGCAAGAGCAAAUCUGUUGUAGACCUUCAAAAUUUUCUACCGGAAAUAUCAGUACACAGAAAAAAUAUUAAUUCAGCGCCUUCAUUCAAAGAUGAAAUACUUAAUGGUAACAACUUUAUUAUAACCAGCAGUGAAGAAGUGCAAACCGUCAUCCCUUUGUCCAGUGAUGUAAAUGAAAACCCUGAAUCGCCUACCAAAGAAAUUACUAUCACCAGAAAGUUAAGUAGAAGGUUAUCAAGAACUCAAAGCAGAAGAUCUAAUAGAUCAACUCCUAGAGAACCAACACCGAAUUCUUCACGGGUCAGCAGCAAGUCCAAGGACUCCCUUCAACUAGCUCUCAAUCAACUAAACAAUUCUGAAUGGGAGGUAAUGAUCCAGGGCUUGCAGGCUUUGACGAGGUUGGCUAAAUAUUACCCAGAAGUUAUCGAAGCACAGAUGCAUACUGUUUGCGUAAAUUUGGCAAAGCAUAUAAAGAAUUUAAGAUCGCAGGUAGCUAGGACCGCUUGUCUUACGGCUAGUGAGAUUUUUGGGUCAUGUAGGAGAUCUUUGGAAAUAGAAUUAGAGGAAAUCGCUGGUCCUCUUCUACACCGUACAGCAGACACCAACAAGUUUCUGAGGUCCGACGCGAACGCCGCUUUAGAUGUAAUGUGUGAACAUCUUCCAAUCACACGCGUCGUAGCUGUAAUCACUUCCAGAGGCUGCACUCACCAAAACAGCGUAGUACGCUCUGCCGCUAUAAGACUGUUGACAGAUUUGGUGAAACGACAUGGAACUGAGAAAAUUUUUCAAAUGAAUAAAGAGGUUAGAGACAAAAUACUGUUAGCCGGAGCCAAUGCUUUGGCAGAUGGAAGCUUGGACGCCAGGAACCACGGGAAGGAAAUGUUUUCGUAUUUAAUUGGAUAUCCACAAUUUCAGAAAUAUCUAUUAGACGUAGUACCUCAGAAUACAUUGAGACAUAUAGCUAAGACGCUCAAUUCUAUUAAACCUCAUGUUGACACGUAACCUUAAAUAAGUAUAGAUUUAAAAGUCACUUUACAACUCGCAAUUUUUUUUAUGUAAAUAAAAUUGUUGCAUUUCCUAUUGAUCACAAGAUAAAUUGAUAUCGGUAUUAUACGUUGUAAUUCCUUGCAAAGAAGGUUGCUAACUUAAGUCACCAAGCAAGUAUAUACUAACUAAGUUGGGAAAUAGCUUAGUCAGGGCCAGUCUUUUCACUUCUGAGUAAAGCUGAAAGUAACUACUUGCUGAUUAAACUGUAGGGCUAUUGUUUAUUAAUCUAAUAAAUAAACCUACAUUAUAACUUUAGUCACAGAUGAAAAGAUCGACCCUUACUAUACUAAACAAAUUAGACAACAUGUUAGAUCAAGUAACUAGCGUCUAGUACCUGAUCUAUAACUUUUGAUGUAAUAUACUCGUCGCAUCAGAUUUUUACUCUUUACUGAGUGGCAAUACCUGAAAAGUGUUUUCGGUCUCACUUGGACACCAUUUGUAAAAUUUAAAUUAUACAGGGUGUUCUAUAAGUACGGUACAUAACUUCAGGAGCGUAUUCUGGAGCUAAAAUAAAGGUGUGAAAGUUACAUUGUCCGCACGCCAUUGAUUAAACGAAAGCCACUGUACAAUAAAACACACAACGUUGCUAACUCUCAAAAGCUGCAAAAAUUUAAUUAAAAUUUCUCAAGUGGUUUUGGAAAUAUUAAAAAAAAAUUGUAUUUUUUUUUUUAUAAAAUUUUCACACCCUGUAUUUCCGUAACGAAUCAUUUUUGAGACAUACAAAAAUACCCAUAUUUUAGCUCCUGAAGUUAUGUACUACUAUACGCUAUGUCUGCAUUUGCCAUUAUCCGCCAAUUUGUUAACAAAUAGCUCCAAGGAAAAUCUCAAUUUUAGAAUAGAAUUAAAUUUAAACUUACCAAUAAAGAUUACAUUUUUAACAAUUAGAACUGUUUGCCUAUAUUAUUUGCACAGUCCAGUGUUAUUAGUCAGUACAUUCUUUUAUUCAAGAUUUUUAUUAUUCAAUAUUCAAGUAUUUGAGAGAGUUAAAAUGCGAAAAUUAUAGAGUAGGUGCUAGGCGCUAUUAAAUAAAUAACGAUUGCCUUGUACUCUUAGAUGUACAAAAGAAAUAGAUAGGUAGCAGACCACCUUUGCUUUGUUUGGAGCUAGGAUAAACACAUUCUUUUAAUCGUCUAUAUUCCAGUAAGUUAGUAUACAAAAUGUAAUACAAAACAAGUCAAAACAAGUACAUUUUCAGUUUGUCUCAAUUUGCAAUUGCAAGAAGAAUUAAACAAUGAAAAUGACGUUAUUGCGAAAACCAGCAAUAUGAAUUGCGACAUACAAUGAAAAUUGCGAACUGUAAAGUGGUCUAAGGCAAUUACUAAGUGCAACUGGUUUAAGUUGCUGUUUGACAUUAUAUUUUUAUGUUAUUUAUUAAUAAAUUUAUUUGAAAUCGGAUAUAAGAUAUAUUUAAAAUUAAAUUAAAAAUGGUUAAAAGGGAAAAUAAAUAACUUAAAUGUAUUGUAAAAUAAUACGAGUGAACAUUUGUUCCUGAUAAGCAAUUACUCCUUUGUCUAAAUACAAAACAGGCAUUAAAUUGUAAGAAAAAUAAAAACGAUAGAAAAUUAAUUUAAAGACGAUAGUUUAUUAAUAUUGAAAUCUGAUCAAAAACUGACCAACUAGUAAUUUUGUGUGUAACCUACUUAACUAAAGUUGCAACCUCAGAAAAUAAAGUUGUACUCGCUAGUGUACCUGAUAACUUAAUUAAACUAAUUUAACCUUUAACUCUAAACCUCACAAUACUUUACUUUGUUUUUAACACAAUUACUUUGAUAACUUAAAAGGUUUCUUCUUGUCAGGUUGGUGUUGUCAAUAAGCUAGAUCGCUUCAACAUUCACAUGUUGGUGGAACCGUUGUUCAGGACUUCAAGAAUUUAGUGGUUAACAAUGUUAAUCUGAAGAUCUUGAUAGAGGUCGCUGUUUCUAAUGUAUUAAGUAGCAUCGGCAAUAUUCCUCAAUACUUCGUUUUGGAAUUUAUAAAUUAUUAAAUUAUUAGAAUAUUACUUUUUCUGACACAAUCCAAGAGUUGAAUUCCGUAGGUCCAAAAUGUUUUGAGGACUAGCUACUGUUAAAAUUUUAUAUUUAUAAAAUAAGGGUUUACAAGAAGCAUAAUUAUUAAGUUUACACAUGUACCUCAGGGCCCGCUUUUGCAUAAUAAAGACUCUAUUAAAUAGCUCGUCAGAACAUGCACCCCAGAAACAAAUGCCAUACCUCAAAUGGGAUUCUAUCAGCGCAAAAUAUACGUUUCUUGCAGCCUGCAAACUUAAACUGUAGGUCACUGAUCGUACUGCAAAACAACCCGACGCUAACUUUUUACAUAAUAAAUUUAUGUGACUUUUAAAUUUUAGUCUAUAAUCAAUAGAUAAUCCUAAAAAUUUAUUUUCAUUUGUAACGUUAAUAAUUUCGGCUCCCAUUGAAAUGUUUUCCAUUUCACAUUUAAAACAAACAAUAUUGGUUUUUGAAAUAUUAAAUGUUAGAUAAUUAGCGUCACACCAUUGUUUAAUUAAUUCAAUGUCCCUGCUUAUGAUACGAUGCAAGGUUUCAUUAUUGUUGAUGAGCCAAAGCACUGUCGAAUCAUCAGCAAAAAUUGCAAAUUGUCCCUGAAUGUUAAUAGUGACAAUGUCAUUAAAGUAUAUAAAGAAAAGUACUGGUCCCAGUACUGAUCCCUGCGGAACUCCGCAGUAAAUAUGUUCUGACAUUGAGGAUUGAUCAUUUAAAGUUACCUUUUGAAUUCUAUUAUUUAAGUAGGAUUGAAACCAUUUUAAAGCAAUUCCUCGAAAACCAUAUUUUUCAAGCUUGUCCAGCAGUAUUUUGUGAUUCACACAAUCAAAAGCCUUGGUUAAAUCACAAAACACUGCUGCAGCGACCCGAUCGUCAUUAAUUUCAAGAUAUAGUUUUUGCAGGAGAGAGAACAUAGCAUCUGUAGUGUUUUUUGCUGAUUGAAAGCCAAACUGAGAAUGGGAAAGUAACGAGUGCUUAUUUAAAAUAUCCAACAUUCUUGACUUCACCAAUUUUUCUAUUACUUUCGCUAAGGUUGGUAGUAAAGAUAUGGGACGGUAAUUUGUUGGAUUAUUAUGGUCUAACAUAACUAACGAACUAAGAGUAUGUAAAUUUUAAAAAAAUACAUUUAUUGCCAGUGAGUAAAAAUCUAACGAUUUACCAAUGGAGCAGCCAUAUUACUAUUAAUAAAGUUUUGCGAAAAAAACAUAUGUAUACACUGUCCGAAUUUAGGACAUUUUUCUAACUUAAGACAAUUUAUGUUAAGCCAUAAAUUCAAUAGUUAAGUUCGGAUACUACAAAUUUUACUACAAGUCAAAAAAAAAUUGAAUCGGAAUAAAAUAAGGGUCUAUAAUCUUACUUCAAAGUAUUUAUUAAAUUAUAGUAUAAUUAAAUUAACAAAAAAUUGUCAAUAAUAAAACAUUGUAUUUUGGCAAAACACUUUUUCUGUCUCAGUCUUUUAUUGUUUAUUAUAAAUAAACCUAACCACUGUAUAUUUCCCAACUGUUGGACGAUCUUUAAAGGCUUCUUAAUGCUUGUUGGUCCUAUCUGGAUAGUCAUUGAGCUAUUCAUCGAUUUCCUGUGCACUAUAUUCUGUAACUUCUUCGAUAUCAUUAAAAAAUUCUUCUUCGUGCAUCACUUUCUCAAUUGCUACCGGUUACAUUUCCUCCUCUUAAUUUGCCUGUUUUUUUCUUUUUCCUCCACCUCUUGAUCAUCCGCCUCCUCUUGUCUAUCUUUGCUAGUACCUGGUAUAUCGUUUGGCGUAAUUGCUUUGCCGGGCGAUACAUUCAAUUUUUUUCUGCGUGCCCUUUUAGGCUUUGUAUCAGACAAUCUUGUCUGUUUGAGAGAAUAGCCAAAUAUUUAACCCCAUUCGGGUCCAUUGUCUUCUGCUACUACCUGGUUGACUUCAUUCACGAUUCUCCUUAAGACUUGUUGUUUAUCCAAAGGAAAUAUACCGCAAGCUAGAAAUCCAGGUUUUAUAUUUGUGGCUUAGGAUUUAGAUAUUGACUGCAAUGUGGUUUUUAAAAGUGAAGGAAAAUGAUCUUUGGGAAUAGCUCCGCGAUGUCUUUUCUUCCAUUCUAAAAGUGUAUUUCGCCAAGCUAGUUUUAGAGGUCUAAAGAAGGAGACGUCGAAUGGUUGACACAAAUGGGUCGAAUUUACAGGUAGUAAAACAAACUGGAUGUUGUUUGUUUCACACUUGUUAUUUAUAUUUAUAGACAUAUGGCUGGCCAAAUUGUCGCCGAUUAAAACUUUUUUCCCCUCCUGUUUCUUUAGAUAUAUAUCUUCAAAUAUAAAUCCGUCGAACCAUCCGCUAGCACUACGAUUGUAAAAUGUUCCUUUUGGUCCAAGUAUCGUGAAGGUGAAAAGCUUUACAAAACGAUUUAUACAGAUAUACGUUUAACCGAUGCUGUGACCGAAAACAUGACAGAUAUGCUACUUUUAGACGCAUCUAGACCCUGUCAGUGUGCUUGGCUCGUCGCCGAACGAUAACUUUUUGCUGCCUUGGAUAAUCAGUCAUGUUCGUUUCGUCAUAGUUCAGAAUAUUUGCAGCAGGAAUAUUUUCUAAAGUUGACUCUAAAGCAAAAUACCGAUCGAUGAUUUCUUUGGAUCCUGCAGCCCUCUGUCGUUUAAUAUUUUCACUUAAACGAGCUGAUAAUUUGUCUCGGUGUCGUGUCAUAAACGCGUGUAUCCAUUUGGCACCAGGAACGUUAUUAAUAAAACGAUUCUCAAGUCUAACGGUUCUGUCCAAAACACUUUUUACUUUCCUAUCUGUAUACAGAUAUAAGGAAAGUAUAGGAAUCAUGAUUUUUUUCGACCUCGAGUUUUCGACGGAUUUUUACGUUUUGAGGUCCCCUGAAUCCGUUUUGACUAUUUUCGCGAUGAUAUCUGUCUGUGUGUGUGUCUGUGUGUGUGUCUGUAUAACGCAUAACUCAUGAACCGAUACACAAAAAAACACCAAAUUUUAAACUUAAGCUUUGUUUUAGCGUCCAAUGAGCUGAUUAGAUUUUGGGCAGAGUCGGAACAUCUGGGGGGGUACUUUAUGGGUG